AUGAAUGGUGUUUUGGUGUGAAAUUUAAUUUCAAAACAAAUCUCUCAUUUUUUCCAGGUUCACAUUCAACUAAACACCCGAACCAAACUAUUUUCACGAACUCUCAAUGGUGAAUCAUCCCCAAAUCGCCUUGUCAGCCCAUUGGAUAUGGCAACUCCUGGAAUUCUUCCCUCACUCAAUAGAAAAUGUGUAUUGCAUGCAUUGAAAAUGGGAAUGUUAUUCAAUUGUGAAAUCCCGAAAAUCUCCAGAUUCGAUCGAAAACAUUAUUUUUAUGCUGAUAUGCCAGCUGGAUAUCAAAUCACACAAAAUGAAAAACCGAUUGCAAAAAAUGGUCGAUUUGGAUUUUAUGUUUUUGAUGAGAAAAUUGAGCCAUAUUGGAAAGAAGUUGAUAUUAUUCAAUUACAAUUAGAACAGGAUAGUGGAAAAACUAUACAUAUUGAUAAUAAAUCAUUGAUUGAUUAUAAUAGAGCUGGUUGUGCAUUGGUUGAAGUUGUAACAACUCCUUGUUUUUCCACGGCAUUGGAAGCGAUUUGUUUUGUACAACAAUUGAGAUUGAUUUUGAUGAAUUAUGGAAUUUGUGAUGGAGAAAUGCAUAGUGAGUAAUUUAUCGACGAAUGAAACUAUUUUCAAAAUUAUUUUACUGAAAAAAUCAUAAUUAAUCAAGCCUCCCCCAAUCCCUAUUAAUUUUUCCACUUUUCAGAGGGUCAAAUUCGAGUUGAUGCAAACGUGUCCUUAUCUUUCGAUGAUAUUACCGGAACUCGAACUGAAAUCAAAAAUAUGAAUAGUAUUCGAUCGAUUCAUACAGCAAUCAAUUAUGAAAUUGCACGACAAUUUGAGAUUUUAUCGAAUGGUGGAAUUGUGAUAAAUGAAACAAGAGCAGCUGAUAAUGAAGAAAGAACUGUUUCAAUGAGAGAUAAAGAAGUCGAAACUGAUUAUCGAUUUAUGGUUGAGCCAAAUUUACCUAAUCUUGUGGUAGGUUUUUUGCGAGGUUUUUAAAAUAUAUAGAAUAAUAAAAGCUAACUGUGAAUUUCCCAAACUUCGAAAUCUUUGAGUUUUAUCUCAAUCUCAUUGUUUUACAGAUAAAAGACGAAUGGCUCGAUUCUGUCAGACAAAGUCUCAAUUCCACAUCCAAACCAAAAUUCGAAAUUCUUCGUGAGAAAUAUGGAUUUGAUGCGAGAUCUUCUAUCCAUAUUUCAGAAGAUUCACAACUUUUGAGAUUUGUUGAAAAAUGUGUGGAAUUUGGUGCAACUCGAACAAUAUUGAUUUGGAUGAGAGAAUUGAAAACAAUAAUGCAAAGAUCGAAAUCGGUUUAUCCGCCACAAUCACAGUUUUUUAUUCGACAAUUUGUUGAUUUGAUUGGGUUUUUUGAAGCGGGAAGACUUACGAGAUUAAGGAUGUUGGAUUUAUUGAGAAUUUAUUCAACUUCUGAGCAGGAAAUUCGAAAUGUUGAACAAUUAAUUGAUGAUAAUAAUUAUUGGAAAAUCACAGACGAGACGGAAAUUAUGCAAAUUGUUGAAAAUGUGCUGGAAAAUCCGAAAAAUCUGAAAAUCGUGGAGAAACUUAGGACAGGAUUCCACGCCAAAAGUUUCAAUAAAAUUCGAAAUUUGAUUGUUGAUUUGUCAGAGAAAAGAAUUGAAGUGGAAGAAGUUGAGAAUAUUCUACGAACAAAAUUUAAUUUAGUUCAAUAA